UUGUAGUCGAUCACCGAUAGUCAUCCGGGUUAGCCGGAGCAGCAGCCGCACAGCAACCGUGACAGGAGGCUAGCUCGCCAAAUAACUGAGGCUUGGAGUAACUUCACAACCCCUGAAUCUUAUGGCUGAGACGGACGAUAUCUUUCUCAGGGCUAAACAUCGGACAUUCAGUGGACUCAGUAAAGAUAUCGAGCAUGAGUGGACGGGACCAUUCUACUUCAUCCAGGCUGCAGAUCCCCAGCUGGGCCUGAUGAAGGCAUGGCGAGAGGGUAACUGCGACGGUGGUGGAGAUGAAUGGGCAGAGGAAGUUGUACUUACCAAACAAGUGGUGGAAGCCAUGAACCAGUUGGGUCCUCGCCCGAAGUUUAUGGUGCUGUGUGGCGACCUGGUCCAUGCCAUGCCAGGCACCCCUUUCAGAGAUGAUCAGGAGCGAGACCUAAAGAUGGCACUAAAGGGGACAGAUCCUUCUAUCCCACUAGUGUUCGUCAGUGGCAAUCAUGACCUUGGAAACACCCCCACGCCGAGGACAGUAGAGCAGUACUGCACUGCAUGGGGGGAUGACUAUUUCAGCUUCUGGGUGGGUGGAGUCCUUUUCCUGGUUCUGAACUCACAGUUGUUCUAUGAUGCUUCGGCCUGCCCUCAGUUGAAGGAGGCUCAGGAAACAUGGCUGGAUGAGCAGCUGAGCAAAGUCUCCUCUUCCUCUGCACCAAAACACAUCCUGGUAUUCCAGCACAUUCCACUGUACAUAAAGAAGCCUGAUGAGGACGAUGACUACUUUAACCUGCAGAGGGAAGUCAGACAAAACCUGAUGGACCGAUUUCAGCGAGCUGGGGUGAAGGCGGUCUUCUCUGGCCACUAUCACCGGAAUGCAGGCGGUUGCCACGGCGGCCUCGACAUGGUCGUGAGUUCGGCCAUCGGCUGCCAAUUGGGCGAGGACACCCACGGCGUCAGGGUGGUCGUUGUGACAGCCGACCGGGUGGUCCACCGGUACCACAGCCUGGAGCGCAUGCAAACUGGAGGGAUGGACGAGGACCUCAGGAAGCUCCUGCAGGCUUGAUGGUCUGCCAAGUCUUUUCAUUAUUAUUCUUAACUAAAUGUUAGAACAUAAAUAUUUUAUGGCCCCUAGUGUUAUUGUAUCAACAUAUUUUCCUUUUAUUGCAGUUGGGUCAAUUUCCGAUUUGCUACGAUUUAGAAUCAAAUUUUCAAAUAAUCCAUUCUAUCAUAAAACCUUUAUUAACUUAACAAUUUUAAUUUACCUUUAAAGGAGACAUGCAUUUUUUUCACAAUUUAUAACAGUUCCUAGGUGUCUUGACACCAUGUCCGUAACAUGCUUUUAUGAAAAUACCCAAAGCAUCAAGAAUUAGCGUUCUUGUCUUUCUGCAAUCAAUGUGCUUGCAUGGAGGCAGUUGAUACACCAUAUUGUGCAUUGACACAACUUCAAAUUUGAAAUAUAUAUAUAUAUAUAUAUGUAUAUAUAUAGCUAACACUAAUCUUGUGUUAACACUGCAACUCUUCUUAUCUUUUGGCUUUUAUACAAUGCUUCAGUGUUUUUACUGUAAAACCGACACAUUUAACAAGAAAAUUGAACGUUGUAUAUUUUAACACAAAAAUGGGUAACUAAACCAUAUAAUUUUGUCUGUCUUGAUAGUCCGGUACCUUAAUGCUGACAUAUAAUACGAUACACCAUAGACAGGCUAACGGAAAUUAGCAUAGAUGUUGCAGUAAUUACAAACCUUCAAACAACUGCUACCCAAAGACACGGAGCAGCAAUACAUACAAACAGCGCAUAUAACAAUACUCACAGGCAUAUAACCUCUCUGCUCUGUCGAAAUGAUCACAAUCAAUGGAUCUUACAUAGUUGGCGACCUUCUCUGAAAUCCAAGAUCCAAACCACAUUGAUAUGCUGAAGUCUCAACGUUUUGGCACUGAAGUUUAAUACAACUUUUAAGGCCUGUUUUUCCUGUUUAGCCUCCAGAUUGUACAGCUGUAGGGGUGUUUGAAUUUUGAGGCUCCACUGUACUGUGAAUUCUCCUUUUGAGGAAUCACAGACGGCAAACUGUGCCGAAUUGAAGCAAAAGUCGUGUGUUGUCGUAAGUCAUACUAUGCCAACGAAAUAUUGGUGCUUUUUAUGUCAUGACAUUGUACAGUGUUAUGGCAAUGUGAAGUGCAGCUACAAAUACACAGGUUUGCAACACUUGAAGCGAAGCUGUUUAUGUCUGGCAAAACUGAGAGAACUAUAUUUUUAAUGGAAAAAGCGAUUAGAACUCGCAUAUUAAUAUUAUCAAAUGUUAUUGAUCAGAACUACAAAAAAAACGGAAACUGAUUAAUCUAUGCAAUUAUACCCCCUAUGGGCUAUGAGCAGCAUUGCGAUGACAUUAACGCAAACUGAUUGGAUGAUGGAUGAUAAAUCGUUGUCGUUUUUUUUUUUUUUUUUCAUGUUUUUGAGAACUUAACAUACUACACAUGAUUCAGAUGUCUAGCAUUAAGCAGGAAUUAUUUGGUCAUUUUCAACAUCCUAAUUUUGAAUGUUAUCUUAUUGCACAAGAUAAGCUUUUUUUAUACAUCAAAUCAGUAUUAAGGUCUUAUAAUAGUUUAUUUGUGUACACAGAUAUAAACUAAUCUUCAUGUCUUGUUCCCACAACAUUCUGAGCAAAUAAUCCCUCCUGAGUUAAUUUGUUCUGUGGUGAGGAUUACAAUCUCUUUUCUUAUAUUUCAGAGCUUGAUAAUGAAUACAGAGUCGUAUCUGGUGUGUUUUUAUCCCUAUGAUCGGAUUUUCUGUGUGAUUCUUGCAACAUCUCUCCACUUAAUUUGAAGCGUCUUCACAGCACAAUAAUAAGUGAACUCGUGUUAUAAAAGCCUUAUUAAAAGAGCUGAUUUCAACACUUUGGUCGUUAUGUGUAAAUUCAUGGGAUUCGAAGCGGAGCAAAGCUGCAGCCAUCUUGCUGUGUUGCAGUCCAUCUAUAUGACUGUAGUGUAACAACUGCUUUCUUGUGAGUCCCAAAUGUUUCAAUUCAAUUACGCACACCGAGACUCGCACAAUCACACAGACGUGCUGAGAUAGAGUUGUCAUGACAACCUUUUAGCAACACAUCUGUGUGUCUCGGAGAAACUGCCAGAAAGAGUGAACAUUCGUUUGUGUGCGUUUGUGUCCAUCCGCUGUCUGCUUGGUUUCACAGGUGAUUUUUCCAUCAGCAUCACUGACCUCAUUUCACACUGACAGGUUCUGUCUCGUCCAUUCCAAAAAUGUCAACAGGUGAUGGGAGGGUGAAGGGGAGAAAAACUGGCUAAUGAGCAUGAUGUGUGGAAGACAAUCUCCUUCAUUUCCUGCCUGAGAAAGAACCUUACAUGACUUGUUUUUUUAAGUUUUCCUCAUCGCCAAACUGAAAUCACAUUAAUAGCUUCACCCUGUGUCGUAGAUGUCACACGUUCGAAACGUCUUAUUGUAAUGAAUGGCCAUAUAACGCCUAUGACAUGAUUGGUGGUAUUUUUUAUAAUAAAUGUUGAUUUUAAUGUGA